AUGAACAAAAGAUGCGUAUCGACCGAUCUUACUCUUUCGCUCUUUUUGUUCUUCACAUGCUCUUUUAGUGAAGUAGAUGGAGCUAUGAUAUGCUUCCGAGUCGUGGUCGUUCCGCCGUCGUUUGGUCUCAAACAUAGUAAGAGUGAUCAUGCCAUAACGAACAGCGGCGGACUACAACCACCUCCACCUAUAGGACUUUAUCCUCAGCUGGGACAGUCUGGAUCAACUCCCGCCCUGAAUACGAAGCCUGGUGUAAAUAUGUUUACUAUAAAGAACCCUGCUGUGGCGAAAGUUCGAGGUGAAGAUGGCGUACCAUUCAAGUUGAAUCCACAACUUGCCUCAAUACUGAAGGCUCCCACGGUACGUCUCAACUAAUC